AUGUUGAGUUCAUGUCAGCAUCAACACAGGCAACCGCUGUCAUCCUGCGUCUUCAACACGGUCGCCAGGGGGCAGUCGUGUAACGUCGUGACAUCACGGACGCUCUCCAUCGAAGAAGAAGAGCAGCACGGCCGCAGGGAGAAGACGCUACGAGACCCCAUCAAAAUGUUGAGAGAGUUGGUGAAGGAGCGACUGAUGGCGGCGGCCGACGAAAUAUUGGCGCUGUUUGAAAGAACCAUAGCGGCUUACGAGGAGGAACUUUCCCGAACGAGAGAGGAGAACGAGCUACAUCGACAACAACUGGAAGCUGUUUACAAGACGCACAUUAUGUUACACGUCGAAGACCAGCAGCAGAUAAUUUGUCGUCAAGAACGUCCCCCUCAGCCGCAGGGGGAUCCCCGCCCCCUCCAUGUGAAAGAGGAAGAGGAGGAACUGUGGAUCACUCAGGAGGGAGAGCGUCCUCUCUGGUCGGAGGAGGCUGAUCUCACCACGUUGCCGCUGACGGUGGUCUCUGUGAAGAUUGAAGACCACCAAGACAAACCGCAAGCGGGCAGCCUCUUGGCGCCGCUGUCUGACAAAGACGACACCACGCCACACUCUCCUGAGGAUGAAGACGGCGGUCGCACCCAAGAACCUUUGAGCUGCGAAGGUGGCAGGAGGAUUUGCUCAGAAAAGAAGCCAGGUCAAAAAGCGCUGAGCUGCUCCGUUUGUGAUAAAAGUUAUGCAAAAAGGAGCACCUUGACUGGACACAUGAGAACACACACAGGAGAACAUUUUACAUGCCCGCUUUGUCCAAAGAACUUUACUCAGAAGAGCCAUUUGACACGGCACAUGCGAACACACACCGGUGAAAAACCGUUCAGUUGCUCAGUUUGUGAUAAAAAAUUCUCCCAGAAGGUGCAAGUGAUAUUCCACAUGAGAACGCACACAGGAGAAAAACCUUUUAGUUGCUCAGUUUGUGGCGAACGAUUCUCUCGAAAGGAAUCCAUGCUGUCUCACAUGAGAACACACACCGGAGAGAAACCCUAUAGUUGUUCUGUGUGUGGGAAGAGAUUCUCUGACAAAACCAAUAUGGGGAAACACACUAAAACGCACACGCGACAGAAGUCUUUUUGUUGCUCAGUUUGUGGUCGAGAGUUUGCCCGAAAGUCCAACAUGGAAUCACACAUGAGCACGCAUGCGGGGGAGAAAACCUUCUAGAUGCUCCUGAUGCUUGUGGGCAAAGUGGUACUAAUGACCCCCAUGACUACGACAGGGAACACCGCACCGCCAGAUUCCACUUGACUCUCCUUUCUGGAAGUGGGUGAUACCAUCCAUCCAUCUUCUCUGCAGCUUGUCCUUACUAGGGUUGUGGGUGUGCGGGAGCCUAUCCCAGCUGUUGAGAGGCAGGGCACACGCUGAGUGGUCGUCAGCUAAUCUCAGCUAAAGCAGAGAGAACAACGACUCGCCUCAGGAUAUUUGUCAUCCAAAUAGCAGUCAUGCCAAGAUGUUGUAUUGCUGCUGGAUGUUCAUGGUAUCCCAGUCAUGGAUGGUUCUUUUCCAAAAGAGGAAGCUUUAAGACAACAAUGGACAAAUGAGAGACAGAUGGACCCCUGCAGUUCUGUUCUGUUGUUCUUUACACUCAUAUAAAGGCCGACUUCAAAGAAUAAUUGAACUCCAGACAUUCACACCUGAAGGCCACCAAUCUUAAGUCCAAUGUUGUAAAAGUUUCAUGCAAUUGCUGUAAACUUCCUGUGUCUGGUCCACCGCCAUCUUUCUUUACUUGUGGAAGUCAGGCUGAAGUUGAUAGCAUCUCCUAAAUCUGUAGCGCUGCGGCAAUUCAUCCAUUAUCUACGGCGUUGGACCAUGGGUGUUUUUCAUGUCAUGUCAACCUCAUUGAAUUUGCUUGCUCGUCCAUGGAAGCCCAGCUGUUAGCGUUGUGUUUUAGCUGCAACAAAAUAUUCACCUGCUGAUGGACGCUUUGUUGCAGACCAAGCCAAUGGCUCGCUAGAAAUAAGAGGACUAGGGGAUAAUGGUUAGUGCUGGUAGAGCAUGUACAUGGAUACAUAGAACAUACAGUACUGACGUAACCAAGUAGCAGGAUUAGCUUGUAAGUAAAAGUGUCUUAAACGGCUUCUGAUUCAGUCGGAGGCGCGCUGGUAACGCCAAGCCUGACCACCACGUGUACCAUCACCUUCCGUCUGUUAGUAGCAGUACUACUAGAAGUAGUAUGUCAGUGAUAAUGACAAUGUUAGACCGGCAGCCCAGAGCACUUUCAUCAAACCGACGUAGCCAUAUUUGGGCCAGGCUCUCUUGGGGUCCGGUCUCUCGCCCAUCCCGGGGGUCAGCUGUCCACGGACAAACUAUGUCUCCAGAAGAGGAACUUCUAAGGAGUGUUCCAGAGCAGGAAGAUCAGUCAACGAGUCAGCAUUUCUCUAGGCACCAAAGACCACUCGUCACGCCAAUGAUCAGAGGUGACCACACCAGGCCGUCCAAAGGUGGGAGUAAGGACAGUACCACGUCGUGCCGAGGGAACUAAAGGGGGCCAACACAGCGGACCCAUUUCACACUGGGUCAUCGGGACCUACGGUGUUCCAUCCAGGUAAGGUUUGAAUGGACCUGAAGCAGCAGACGUUUGGGUGGGUAUGAUAUGAUACUGGUACCUGGGGGGUCUGGUGGAGGUUUUCCGGGCCGCUGCACUGUCUGUGGUGUCCAUUUGUAAUAAAAGGGAAUGCCAAGUGGUGUCAUCCUGUCUAUGGAGGACUCGCCGCCAUGAUGGCCAUCAGUCAGACCUGUCCUCGCCAAGUUGGCUUCUUUCCUGUCAUGGACGUUGACCGAAGGCCGCCAUGGCGCUGGGGUUGCAGGACGUGGACCUUGGCAUGUAUCAGGAUUUUGGGGCUACAAAGCUGACCUAUGGCACUGUUAGACUGUUCCAGGUGACGUUAGACCCACUGUCAGUAGUUCUUCUCACCCAGGUCCCAUUCCUGGAGAAACUUAUGCUUUGUUUCUCAAACUGUGUUCCUCCCGUCUGGAGAUGGGAUGACUCAGAAGUCAUACGGGGGAGUGGCCUGCCUCACAUCUGUACUACAUCUGCUCUAUCCACAGCAACAAUGUCUUCAUCUGUCAUCUUCACACACACUGGGUUUCCCUCUCUGCUGUCGCUAUACCGUAUGUAGAAGUUCUCUCCCGGUCCUACAUGGCGCCAACCAGUCUGACAUGGUUGAGGCUUGGGCCCUUUCCCCAAACACUGGCCCCGUCACGGAAGUCUAAAGGAUGCUCUUGAACUGCUGCUGCCAGCCUGGCGGUGGGAGUGAAAGGAGGAAACGUCAACACGGACGAGGACCUCAGAGCCAACGCUAGGCCUGCUUGUGGUCACAGAGACCUGGUUGAAGGAGGACGUGCUCGACUCGCGGCAUUUGGCAGAUCCUGGGCCACGGGCCAAAGACUGGUCAAGAAGACCGGCGUGGUGGCCUGGUGAUCGGGCCUUCCCCGUGUGGCCCGGAUGGGAAGGCUUCCAUGCAGCUGGCAAAAAGAAUCCAGGUGAGAGAAGAGCAUAAAUGUAGUUUCUCUGAUUUGAAAGAAGGAAAACGUUAAGGGAACCUUUCCACAAGUAAACAGUCAGGGUGCAUACAUUGUAGAUUUCGAUGGUCCAGACAGGUCCAGAAUGGUACGGAGUUCAUAUCCGAAGUGCUAAAGAAAAGAGAAUGUGGUAGUCUUAACGCGGCCGCACGAGGCACAAAGAAAAGAAAGCAAAGAGAAGCAAGAUGAUGGUUUUCUAUUUUUUAUUGAAGACAUUUUCUCAUGCUGAGGAAAAAUAUGUGAUGACGUAACGACGUGUAGAAAUUCUCAUUGGAUUUUAUGUACAUUCCUAACAUGCUUCUUCAGGUGGCUGGACUGUUUAAAGUGUUUGGGGCAGUGUGGGCAAGAAUGCGGUUUCUCUCCGGUGUGGAUGUACUUGUGUCUUUUCCAGUUGUUGUAGUCAAAAAAGCCUUUGCCGCAGUACGGACACCAGUGUCUCUUCUCUCCAUUGUGCCACUUCAGGUGCACCUUCAGUUCCACUUUCUUCACAAACUUCUUUUCACACAAGUGGCAGUGGAAUGGUUUCUCCCCCGUGUGCAGGCGUAUGUGGUCUUCCACGUCGCCCUUCGUGAAGAAUGCCUUGUUGCAGAUCUGGCAGACGAAGGGUUUAAACUUUACGUGGACCAUCUGGAGAUGUUUGGUAAGACCAUACACAUAGACAAAACCCUUCCCGCACUGCUGGCAGGUGUGGAUCCUGCCGUUGCGGUGCACU